AUGAUGCCACUGGCAGAAGCAGGCGCCCUGGCCCAAGGAGGAGGCCCUUCAGUGAUGGAGUGGGCCUGCAUUCUGCGGAGGAAGACCCCUAGGCACAAGCAGCCCACCUCACUGAUGGUCAGAGCAUCCAGAAGAAGUGGCGAGACUUCAGCUGUCCUCAAAGCAGGAAGAGGGAGUGUUUCUGGCAGAAAGAACAGUACAAGCAAAGACCUGGCAACCCUAGGUGCCUCCAGUUUGAGGGAGGAGAGAGGACACCCCCUCCACCCCAGACGUGGGAAAGCAGUCCACCUGCGCACCAGGGGCAGGGCACGUGGCUGGGUGAAGCCGCUGGCCUGGAUACGGAGGACUCGCGGGCUGGCAGAGCGCGCGGCGGCGGCGGGAGGAGACGCAGGUCACGCUCCCUUCCCGCCGCACGGGGCGCGCGCGCCGAAGAGCCCGGGACAGGUGACGCGUCUGCACCUCCCCCGGCGGGAGUCCCUUCUUCGCGGCCUCUGCCGCCCCCUGCGUCCCCUCCUGGGCUUCCGAGAGUCUGACUCAGCCAAGCUUGCAUCGCUUCGCCUCCUACAACACACCCCGAGCGCGAGGAAAAAUUACAGGAUUUCAGGGGCACGGCUAAUGCGCUCUAAUUACCCACCGCCGUUGUCAUCCGCGGCGCUCCGCGGCGCUGGGCCAGCGCGCCGUAAUUAG